AUGUUCGCGAAGACGGUGAACCCCUUCGCACCGAAACGUUCCCAGCCUGGCGUCGUUUCGUCUGCGCCUAAUAAGCUACUCAGACUUCCCCACGUGUUCGCCAAAAUACUGGAACUUCCCGUCCCCUCGGAAGACGACGUUUUCGUCGACGAAACGCCGCAGUUUUUUCGCUUUGUAGCAUCGUGCAACGCCGGUGGCGUGCGAGCUCGGGCCGUCGAGAUUCUCCCGGGGAUAACGAAAAUCGUGAUAAAGAGAAUGGACGGCGGUGAUGUGUCGGUGGCGGGUGAGCGUCAGGACGUUUCUCUAGGCGUUGGUCUCUGGCGGUUCCGGCUUCCCCCGGGGACCCAGCCGGAGAUGGUGACCGCGGUGUGCAGAGGCGGGAAGCUGGUGGUGACAGUGCCCAAGAACAAAAACAGAGGAAACUGA